AUGAUUUGUUUAGCGAUCUUCCUCUUGGCUUUUUCUAACAUUCCAAAUCAGGAACAUUAUGAAGUAAAUUCAGAAGACGCAGAUCUACUUAUGCAAAAUCCCGAUCUUUUUGGUGGCGAUAUCAUUGGUGAUUUCGAUCAUACGAGGGGUGCAGUUAUAAAUAAUUAUGAAUUGUGGCCAGGAGGAUUCAUACCAUACGAAAUUGAAAGAGGAUUGUGUAAAAAUUCACUUAAACGAUUAUUAAAAGUAGCCAUGAUGAAUUUCGAACUGUAUACUUGUGUUCGAUUUGUAGAAAGAACCAACGAAGAAAAUUACGUAAAAAUUUUCAAAGAUCCUGGCUGUUAUUCGACAGUGGGUCGAAAUAAAGGAAAACAAAUGUUAUCACUGGCAAAAGGUUGCUGGAAUCUUGGAACCAUAGUUCAUGAGUUGAAUCAUGCUGUUGGCUUCUACCACGAGCAGAAUCGACCUGACAGAGAUGAAUACAUAAAAGUAUUUUGGGAGAAUAUAGAACCAGAUAUGGAAUCUCAGUUCGUUAAGUUUACGCCAAAUGAAAUGAAAAUAUUUAAUGGAUUUGAUUAUAAUUCUGUUAUGCUCUAUGGAGAAAGAUUUUUUUCAAAGGACGGGCGCAGCAAAACUAUGGUAGCAUCAAGACAGGGCAUGAGACUCAUUGACGUCAGCAGGAAACCAGGGUUGAGCAAAAGUGAUAUAUAUCGUAUAAAUACUUUAUAUAACUGUAGUAAUUAUAAGUAA